CAUUCGUGAUCAAAUAUAAAUGGCACGUAUAUUGCCCAAAUUUGCUCCUCAUAUAGGAUGUCAGACGGUCAAUGACAUUGAAGACCGUAUUAAGACAAUGUUGUCGAAGAGUCAGUACAAGAUGUUUUGUACUAAAAGUAUAUUUGGUUUCUUCAUGAAGAAGAAAGAUUGUGUCGUCCAAGCCCAGUUAGGGAGAUGCAUUAUGUCACUUGAAAUUAGGGAAAGCUCUACAAGUGCCAUAGUCAUUCGAGCAAAGGGCACAAUUCUUCAUUUCACUAUUAGAGAGUUUGCUUUGGUGACUGGUUUGAAUUUUGCUACAAAUAAGGAUGAAUUUGUGUUUGACGAGGAGUGCCCAAAUAGAAUUAUUGAUCAAUAUUUUGAUGGUGAGAGCUUUGUACAGAAAAAAGAUUUAUGUACGGCUGUUUCUGACAAAAUUUGGGGGAAUUAUAAUGAUGAAGAUGAGUUAAAAUUUGCCAAUUUGUAUUUUUUUCACGCAUUCUUACUAUCGUCAGUUGAUACCGUAUCUAUUCCACGCCUCCACUUUGAUUUGGUUGAGAAUGGUAGCUACAGUGAUUAUCCGUGGGGAUCAGUUGCAUUUGAAGAAUUAGCUAGAAGCUUGCAUAAAAAGUUGAAGCCGAAAGGAAAGUUCUAUAUGCUUCUUGGAAUGCCACUGGCCAUUCAAAUUUGGUUGUAUGAGUGUUGUUCAAACGCGCCUCGUAAUGUUGCUUCCAAGGUGGAUUCUCAAAUCCUACGUAUUUUUAAUUGGAAGACAAAUUCUCCUCGUCCAAGAUAUGAAACUCUUAUGGGAAGUAUGUUUGAUGAUACAGAUGACAAGGUACGGAAAGAGUUUAAUGAUGUCCAUGGCUUAGGGUCUUCCAGGUUUGAUCAGAUGAUGAAUGCAAUUAAUGAAAAUAACGUACAACAUAUAUACAUUUAUAGCAUAUGUACUUUUUUACAACUAAGUUGUUAUUUACUAUUUAUUUUUUAUUUAUACUUUCAUGUUUUAAACGUGAAGAAACAAGCAAAAGGCAGCGAAUCUGAUCAGACACCAACGGAUGAAAAUGUUAAGAGUACAUCACUCCAUCAAGCGACUACAAAGUUUGUUCAUGAGUUUACUAAGAAUCCUGAAGGCACAUUGGCAAGUAAAUUCCGUACAUUUAUACUCAACUAAUUUUAUAUAUACAAUUCUAAUUUAUCAUUAUAAAAAAUAAUAUUAAAACAGGUUGCGGAAGAGAUGGCAGGAUAUCAAAGCAACAGUAUGAAUAAUGUGUAUAAUGAGAUUGAUGGGUAUAAUGAAGAUAAUGACAUUGUUCUGGUAGAACAUUUUUUUUUUUUGGUUAGGUAUAGUUAUAUUGAUGAAUAAUAAUUAUUUUAAUUUUUUAUUAUUUUAUUUUUGAAUGGAAAAAACUGAUAUAGAUGUGCAUGAAGCAAGAGAUGUAUGUGUCGC